AUGAAUCUCUUCCUUCAUUUUCUCUCUCCAAUAAAGGGCCGUCCGUGUCAGCUAAUCGUCCACCUGGAUCGGGGCUUCACCCUGCUGGAUUCGGCCCUCGGAAGCACCGGCUCCAAACCGCUCUGGUCGUUCCCGUUCGAUCGGCUGAAAGGAUCCGCCGACGAUGGCAACAAACUGCUCUACCUGGACUUCUCCGGCAGCGACGAUGGCGCCGAUAUCGAACUGGAUAUGGAGUGCUGCCCCAAACCGGUGGUUUUCGUCCUGCACAAUUGUCUGUCAGCCAAGGUGCACUCGCUGGCGUAAAGUAGCCAUCACUUUCUAUUGAAACGAACCGGAGGAAAAGUAUUGUAUCCUUGGAAGAAUCACUUUUGCGAUGUAAUUAUUGGAAAACUGAAAUCCUGUACAUAUUAUAGAAGGCUCAUCUGCAGCUGUCGGAAGUAAAAAGAAUCACACUGUUUGUAACUACAGACACCACCAGUUGUUUAAGUUUUGUUUGAAUUAUCGUCAGAAGUUAUCGUAUACAUAAAAUACCUGUCAGUUUCAGUUAUCUAGUUGAGAUAAGGAUAUGUAAAUUGGCGACAAAAGUGGUCGCACUUCCGUUGAUUUGUAGUGAAUUCAGUUGCGUGAAAUAGAUGUGUAAGAUGAUGGUAUCCGACAGAACGGAGCAAGUUUUCAGUGACUGAGUGUGAUUGUAGUUGAAUUGUUUUCAAUUAGACGAGCUCUGAAUAAAAGAGGUAAGGUCCAUAUAUUUCCCUCGAAGCAUCAUGCAGACUACAGAACGAAAUAGUAACUUACUAACUAGAAAAAUAUGUUAAGUUGAUCUUUUUUAUUGUAAAUUUAAAGAUAUUUAAUUAGCGAAGCUAAUGGGAAAGGGGAAAAACUAAAAGGUAAAGUUAAGCUGCUCUUCCGUCGGUCGGUUGGUCAGAAUAAGAUGUCUUGGAAACUCGAAGCAAUGAAGCGAAACAAAAGGUGGAAAAGUUGCACCCAUAAUACAUGGAAAAAAGCAAAGAAGACAAUUUUUUCACAUUGCAUAAAAGUUUUUCCGUGUACACUGGAACCUCAAUUUAUGAACUAGAUUGGAUUACUCACGAACAUGUUUUCCGGUCGAGUUACGGAGGUAUCGAGCUAUAGAGUAUAAAACCAGUGCAAAUGCGAUCCAAAGGACCAUGGUUUUCUAACUCGAUAUCGAGAUACGGAAUAUCGAGUAAGAGAGAGUUGGCUGUAACAAAAGUCGUUCAACAACAAAAUCAAAUCAACUCAUUUCCCAGAACUUCUUUGCUUAUGCAAAUUUUGAAUAAGGUCCUUAGAUCACGCUUGUUGACCAGAAGAAUGAGCACCAGAGUGUUCUGGAGUGUAAUGCAGAUAUGACUUAAAAAAUAUAUUUAAAUUUUAUAGAAAUAAAAUGUUACAAAUAAAUUACAAAGCAAGAGCGUGAAAAGUCACAUUAUUUCCGAGAAAAUUAUAAUUCUGACAUACAUUUUUAUAUUCAAUCGUCUCAACUCAAUUUUCCAAAUUCAAAAAAAAAAUCCUAAGGAAGACUUUGUCCAACGAGACUUUAGUGUACUUCUCAAGUACACGAUCUCAUCCGUCGGCAACAGAAGAGUGAUAUUCAGUACAACUUCCCUCAGUAAAACAUUUUCAGAUCGGAAUGUUCUGCAUACCUUCCUGAAAUCGAAAAAUCUGCUUUCAUAAGAUACUUUGCUACCAGCUGCUUUCCAUUUGCGAGGUACGCACAGUGGAGCAUGAAAGAAAAAAAAUCAAAUUCCUCCCACCAUCUUCCAAGGAAGUUACAACGCAACGGGCGAAAGCGAAGCCCCUGCUAUCGUUAUCGUUAUUUUAAUUAAUUUAAUUAACUUCCAACGAGAAUGGGACGGCGAACAACGCACCGCGUUGAAAGGAAAACGAGCGCCAAACUUUUCCCUUCGGAGAACUGCAUAAUUUCACCUCUAUCAGCGGAGCGAGGAGGAGGUGGAAACCGGAAAACAUGGGAAAGCGCUUGUUGGAGGAAAAAAAAGCACCCCAUCAUCCAUUAGGGAGGUAUUGAACGGACCUUUUCGUACGAAAGUAUAAUCUUCAUAAUAGUUCCAGGCAAAAGUGCUGCUCGUCGUCGUUCCUCUGCUCUGUGGAGUUUGGAGUUGAACUCGAGUUUGGCCGGAAUCAAAGUUUGACCAAAGUUGCAGAAAGCGCAAAACUGUUGGGCUGAUGAGGCUGGCGAAAAAAAGUGGAGGAGGAGGGGAUUCUCUGUCCAAGUUAGUUUUGAUCUUCUGUCUUGUCUGUUUCUAGGGUCGCCAUCCACCAAGUUUUUUUUCUUCUGUUGAGCGACUACGGCGAUUCAGACUUUGCCGUUUAGGAAAGACGAUGCCUUCUUAUUGUCUGAAAGAGAAAUUGAGCGUUCCCGAAGAGAAAUUAUUGUUAAAAUAGUUGAUUUUAUUUAUAUUGAACGUUGAUACCUACUGAAA